GCUGCAGUUCCACCGUAGAGCUUCUCAGAAUAGAACGUUAAUCGGAUUCUAGUUAGUACAUAUAUUAAGAGUAAUUAAAUCUGCGCCAUGAGCUGCAAAACGCUCUCUUGCUUCUUAUUGCUUAUUUCAAGCUAUGAUAUUUUGGGUUUUAAGAUACCUAGCAUUGAUUUUGAAAUGCUAGAAGAACAAGGAUUCGAGGUGUCCAUACCAGAUGAGCCUGGCAUUCAGAGGGUGUUCUACAUGCUUCAAGUAGACGACACCUGUCCGGCCCUAAUGGACUAUAUUACGGAGGCAGUAAAUGGGAGCUGGGUUUCCAGGCAAAAGAUGAGUCUCCAGAACAACGACAAGCUGCAGAUUUCAUUGCUAGUCCAGUUUAAUGAGGAAAUCUUCGAGAAGAGUGAAACUAAGGUGAUCCUCAACAAGCGGUUACUGACCACCAGGGACUUCAGCUCGCGGAGCAUUAGUUUUCCCUCCGGAGAGGGUGAGUGUCAGGCAUUCCUGGCUCCCCAACAGCAAAACAAACGCUGCAAACCCGCCCAAACGAUUGUGAGCAGUGGUCGUCGAGCGUGCCAGGGUGAACUCAUCUUUGAGGACAACUUUUCGGGGGCACAACUGAACAAGACCACCUGGAAGCACGAUAUUCGGCAGCGCAUGUACCACGUGGAGGAGGAGCUUGUGGCCUUCGACGAUGCCGUUCGAAACUCCUUCGUAAAAGAGGGCGAACUACACAUAGUUCCCAUCGUGGCAAGUGAGGUAACCGAGGGCAGUUUCAAGCUGGGUGAUCGCUGUACGGCCGUAGAAAGUCCGGAUCAGGAGUGCAAUAUUGCCCAAGGCAGCUUCUAUAGCAUCAAGCCUCCAGUUUUCUCCGCUCAAAUUCAUACCAGAAACUCGUUUAGUUUCAAGUUUGGCAAGAUCGUGGUGCGAGCCAAGUUACCCAAGGGGGAUUGGCUUUUUCCCUAUUUGAUGCUCCAACCUGUUUCCACUUACGCGGAGACCCACUAUGCCAAGCAGUUGCGAAUUGCCUACGCCCGAGGAAACGCUUUUUUGCGCACCAAAAAAGGAGAUGACAUUUCAGGGAGUCAUCUGUAUGGCGGUGGUGUGGUUUGGCAUCAUGGAAACGCCGUUCAGUUUCUCAAGGAUAAAGUGAGCAAGACCCACUAUGGCGAUGGUUUCCACAACUACACCAUGAUCUGGCAAAGGGAUAAAAUAACCCUGAUGGUGGAUGAGGAGGUUUACGGAGAGUUGUAUGAUGGAUUGCCGUUCUUCAACGAGAAGUGCUUUAUCAUAUUUGGAGUAACAGUGGGAGGAUUUCUCAAUUUUGAUGAUAGCAUAUUGGAAAAGGAUGUGAAGCCCUAUAAAAACAGGGAGCCCCGCGCCGCACUCUCUUUUUGGCAACACCGCGAUACUUGGGCACCCACUUGGGGCAGGCAGAGUGCCAUGAUUAUAGACUACGUCAGGGUUUUUGCGGAGUAAUUUUGUAUGUUGACACAGCAAAUGCUUAUUGCUGCUAAGUAUAUGAAGUAAAUGUCAGUUAAAAAGA